AAAAAUGAAACCCUCACUGCGUGGGCUCUCACAAAUUGGAAUGGCUCGCCGAGCCGUCGAGCUCUCCAGUUAUGAUGCUCAACAAGUUGAAUAUAUGAGAGAACAGUGUAUAAAUGUUGACGAAAAUGAUCGAAUUAUUGGAGGAGUUAGUAAAAGAGAAGCACAUAGUUCAUAUCAAUUGGUUCUUCAUCGUGCGUUCUCCGUAUUUUCAUUCACAUCAGAUAACAAAUUACUAAUGCAAAAAAGAAGUGCAGAAAAGAUCACAUUUCCAAACUUGUGGACCAACACAUGCUGUAGUCACCCAUUGCAUACACAACAAGAAAUGGACGGAGUUCCUGGAGCCAAGAGAGCAGCAAUCAGAAAACUCGAACACGAAUUAGGAAUUACUGGAGUGUCACUCAAUAAAUUUCAAAUGGCUGGAAAAUAUAUUUAUCGUGCUGAAAUGAACAAUGCUCCAUGGGGAGAGCAUGAGUUGGACUAUGCGCUUAUUUUGAGGGGAAUUGGAGCAGAAAAUUGUAAUAUUAAUGAAAAUGAGGUGGCAGAAGUGAGAGAAGUCGUAUUGGAUGAGCUCAAAUUAUGGAUGAGAAAAGAACCAAAUUCCUUCACGCCGUGGCUCAAGCUGUUCUCACAAACUGAAACAUUUGAAAAAUGGUGGACCAUAAAUAAGAACACUGAAGAAUCGAUAGAAGAUACAAAUAUCUAUAAAUUACAUUAAAAUAUUUGAUUCUUCUGUUUAUCAUAGGGUGCUACUUUUACAAUUAUUUUGUAUUUCUAGGUACGGAUAGAACGCUGCCAUGUCCUGUUAUUUGACCUCUUAUAAAUAAAACUCAUGUCUU